AUUAGCUCAAAAUCAAAAUGGCGGACCAAAUAGAGGCCAAAUACUUCUGAUGUUUUCUUUUCAUUUUCGUGCAUUUUUGGGAGUAUGAGUUGGUUUUUUGGAUCACAAAAGACAUCGAAAUCCCAGCUACCGCCAACAACAGCUUUGCAGCAACAAAGGAUCAAACAGAUUGAAUCGUUACGAACUUUUCACAAGUAAGCUAAGCCAAAAAUAAUGCAAGGUUCCGCCUGUUCUGGGAUUUUUGACGUUAAAGUACUAUAAUUUAAUUUAACUUAAUAGUUUUACAAUACAGAAAAACUACACAUUGUAGGAAAACCGCGGCUUAACUGCAGAAUACCCUGCCACUUAUUUGCAUGUCAUUGAAUAAGAAUAGCAUCUAUUGCUCAACAACGGAAAAAAACAAUGGUGGUACAAUAGCUCCCAAAACCCAACAAAAAACUUAUAGGUUUAACUUAUGAGGUUUACUUAGAAUUUUUCUUUCAAGAUCUAGAUCAUUCGUGAGCGACGAUAGACCAUUUUACAGUUGUGGACUUCGCUCCUUAGCCUUCGAGUGAAUGUGAGGCUGACGGUGACCUUGUUUUGAUACAAACCUCCUUUGCUUUGUCAUGGAUAUUGUCCUUGAAAAAUACUAGUUAGCAUAAGAAUAACUUGAUUUACAUAAUAAAGCAGGAAGGUUUGUAUCAAAACAAGGUCAACUCCAGUCUCGCUUCCAUCCAUAACUGUAAAAUGGCCUCGAUCACCCAAAAUAUUUACCCAGUUUUGCAGAGCCCAAAACAAAGAAGCGAAAUUUCAGGAUUAGAAAAAGAGUAAAAAGUGGUUACCUAUAAAUUAAGCAAAAUUUCAUGUCGUCCAUGAUAACAAUAGAAUAAUUUUUGUUAUAAUUCUUUAUAAUCCUGCAUGCAUGACGUCCUGAAAAUGGCUUCGAAGGAGACCAACUUGUAAACUAUGCAAAAUUACCUCAGUAUUAGCUCAAGGACCAUUGUUGAAAGACAGUUAACAUUGGUUAUCUUCUUAAACUGUCAGUAAGGCCAGUCUGAAAUACAGUUGGGCAUCCAUGUGUGACCACCUUGUCAGCAACCACAUAUCUAAAAACCAAAAUAAGUUUACCCAGUCAAAACACUAUGUUUAGAACCAGAAUCUUGUAUUUUGUUUGGUGGCUUACAAGAGGUUUGACAGCAUUGAAAAUAUUGUUGAAGACUCACUCUGAGAAGAGGCAUUUCAUGUAUGUAUAAUUAUGUUAAAGGUCAAAUUUGAUUUCAGGUUAAUUUUCAUUUGACCCAGGUUGAUUCUCAAUUUCCUUUGUUUCCUAGUCCUAAUUCAUGAAUAAUUAGGGCUAGGAGACAAAAGAAAUUGAGAAUCAACUUGUAGGUUGAAAAAUUUUAGCCUGAAAUCAAAUUUGACCUGUAAGAUAUACAUGACAGUGUCCCUGUGGGUGUUGAUCAAUAUUUUUGUGUUUGCAUUUGCAGUAUCACAGAAGUACAAAGAGAUGUGGAAUACAGAGUUACUUUCAAGUCAGGGACCUCAACAAUUUUUCUAAACAUGUAUGAAAUAAUGUAUUGUUUUCUGCAGUUUUAGUAAAGGGGGUUUUCAAUCUUGCGACCCUGUUACCAUAAUAUAAAUCAGGUGACACCAUCUGCUUACAGCCUGCUAAAUCCAUUGUACCUUUCAGAACAUAUUACAUACCUUCUGUCUUCUAUAAGCCUGUCUUCCUAGAAAAAGAAGAGUUAGACCCAGUUUCCUUCACUUCAAGACUAGCAAUUCAACCAUGCCAGUUAAUUCUUUUAAAAGGAUUAGACCUAUGCAUGGUGUCUCCUAUGACAGACCAAUGAUAAGUUAUUUAACUUCACCAUUUAAACUGCCUAAAUUAAUAAAAGAAUGGACUGAGGUGCCUACCCUGAAAUUCUGCUGUACCAAAGUAAAAGACAGUCAAGUUUACAGCAGUUUGUUGAACUUCAUACAUGUAGAACAUUCACUGUAUUUGAACUGUCAUAACAAAAGCAGGCAAUAAAAAUAUUAACACAUUUUUUGCUAAGGUUGAAAACAUGGUGCAAUGUUAUUGUUAUUGAGUGCUUAAUUAUUGCUUUAAUUUACCCUUCUUUUUGUUCUUGUUAUGUCCUAAAAACCUGUGUAGAUCAUAAUGUUUUGAAUUAUAGAUGUAAAAGGUCUGGCCAUUUUGACUUCUUGUACCAUGUAUGUCCUAACAUUACAGUCAUGUUUUGUGUUUAUCUUUUCAGAACCUUACCACCACAGUUUCCAAAUGAAAGACCCCUUGUCAAGGUUGCUCCACCCUUGGUACACCCAUGGGUCAAUGACCAGGUAGGAUUCAUCAUUCACUGAUUUUAUACUGACUCAAACUAAUAAAAAAAAAAUGAAAAAUAUGUUGACACCACUUGCCUGUAGUUAUGUACACCACACCUAGGGUGGGGUGAUUGGGUUUUCACUGCCAAAUAUGGAGUAUAUAGGAAUUUCUCACUGUGAAGGUUUUGGUUUUCGAGCAGUUUACUCUGGGUUAGGGUAUAAAAAUCAGACAGUGUGGGGCUGUCAUAGGGCUUCAUUUUCCAGGAAACUGAUCAAUUGGUUGAAGAUUUUAGUCUAGACUACACUAAAAAAAUUUAAUUGGCAAAUUUAAUAGUAAAGAAAAUGUGAACCUGAGUAAUUUCUGGAAAAUUAUAGCGACUUUAAGAUAAGGAGGGAUUUUAGAAGUCUAUUCUACUAUAGGGUAGGCUAAGGGUUCGGGGGUCACAGUGGCACAUCCCCACCCAAACAUUGCUAAAGUACCCUCACGGGUAUGUACAGUCAAUAUUGGACACAUUUUUUACCCGUAAUUGCUUAAAGAGCUUAGCAAAUUAGUACUUAAUUCCUAUUAUUUAGUGUACCAAAGCCUCCUCAUCAUAUCGUUCCUCUAAAACUUGUGUUGUGACCCAAGUAUAAUUUGAGAGCUUUUUUGGAGAACUUUUAUCAUGGUUGUGAGAGAUUAACUUAUACACAAGUAAAUACGGUAAUCUUCAACUGAUUAGACAUCACACCCCUUGUUGCUCAGUUGCAGAUCAAGAAAUAAUUUGGUAGCUUCCCACAGCGUUUGUAUCAAGUAUUUUGCACUUACCUGUAGAUGUAAAUUUAACUUUUCUCUUUGUGUUUUUUAUUUUUGUUCAUUUUUAGAUGGUUGUUGUGGGCUGUCCUGCUAUUAACAAUGUAAGGAAGUGUUCAUUAUAUAAAUAUGUCAAGUCUUCGCUUGCAUCAAUUUGCAUAAAAGUAUAUUGGCCAUUUUGUCAGUACAGAGCUUUUCUAUCAAGUUGAAUCAAUUAAUAUUGUUUAUUUUACCUUUUCCCAAAGUUCAUGUUAGUAUCUUUUCUACUUUUUCAUUUUUUUGUUACUAAUUCAGUCCAUUUGUUGAAAAAUCAAGGUAGCUGAUAUUGGCUAACCACUUCAUCAAUGUACUAUUUUCAAAGUUUAAAUCACCAUUUUAUUAUGCGUAUUUACAAGAAAACUAAGUUACACGUCACUUGUUAAAGGUUUAACUUAAGUCCUACAUGGAUGGGAUAUAGAAACAUGCAGUUGUAUGAUAUAUUGUUUCAAUUUUAUAUUCUAGUUCUACAUGCAUUCUAACUUGGGUAAAGCCAUCACUGAUGUAGCCAAAGAAUUUACUGAUCACCCUCCUCAGUUUCUAGGAGCCCCAGCAUCAUCACCACUGUAAGUUUAAAGGCUUAUGCAUAAACCUUGGUUCUCAUAUGGCGCUGAUCUGCAUGCAAAAUAGCUUGCAGCACCCGCCUGGAAUACUGUUCCAAUAUGAGAACAGAAGGUGCCAACAACUUUGGCUUUCCAAGUUUUUGAAAACUUAGGCAUGCAUGUAAAGUUGACUUCAGUGCAACAUAAUGACUGCUGCUGGCCCCUAACAUGUGUAUUAAUUUUUAACAAAUACUCUUAGAAGAAAGGAAUAAUACAUUUAUAGAACUUUGAUUGCCCCUAAUUACUUGAAGAUUCAUAGUUUUUGGACAAAAGAAUUUAGAUGCUGGGCAUCUUGGUUUAUUAGGAGUCAGGACUGUUGACUGCUUACAGUUUCCAAGAUCAAUACCUUGGAACUGGGAGGAACUGAUGUAAUGAAAUUUUGCUCUGUUUCUGCAAAUGACUUCUCAUAGAUUCCCAGCAAGUACCAGUGGAUAUCAAGCCUUAAAUCAAUUUAACUUUCCUGGUUAUCAGCCAAUGUACACUCCCCAGUCAUCAGUGCCUUCAAGUACCCCCUCUCUGUCAUCACUUAGUCCACCACGUAGUCAGUAUUCACCACUUGCUGCUACCAGUAACAUGGGGCCUAUGCCACACUUGGUAGGAAACUCACAGGUACAGUUGAACCUCUAUUAAGCGGCCACGUAUUCAGGGCUCGAAAUUAUUUUUUUGGAUAACUAACCCUUUGGGUAAGUGGGCAUAAAUUAAUUUACUACCCAAAUGAUAAAGUUUAUUAUCCAAGAGUCUGUUCUUGAACUUACAGUAAUAUUAACUACUUAAAAUCGUGCUCAUAAAUGGGGCAAACUUAAGUAUGGAUGGAUUGGAUGGGUUCAAAACAUUGUUUGUUUAGACUCAUCGAACAAGUGAAUGCCUUUUUUCACUUUUCCUGGAAAAUCCUCUUUCUUGUGGUCACCUGCAAAUUAAGCUGUCAUUAAUAGAAGUACGAAGAUAAUUGCUGAAAUGAUUAAUAUUGUAAAUGAAACCUCUAUCAAGUGAUGGCAACCACCAUUUGGCUAUCCCAGUGAGAGAGUUCUCUUGUUGUUGUCACCUCUUUAAGGUGGCUGAACAAAGUUUUGGCAGUUUGUGAGUAUCUAGCUGUCAUUUACCAAAUCAUGGCAAGAGAACGGUUGCAGCUCACAAGCUGAAACUUGGCAAGUGAAAAAUAUACUGACGAAAGAUUUUGAUUGACAGGUAAAAUGUGACAUUUUUGUAGUUUCCAUGGCAACAUGAACGAUUGAAUACAACCUUAAAAUUUCACUUUUGCUCAGUUUACAUAAACUUUGCUCUUUAGAUUUUCCUAUAAACUUGCACACAGCUUACUAUAAUUCAUCAUUACCAGCUGAGACUUUAACAGACGAGUUUUUAGAUAAUCAUUAAUAUACUAAAUAUUGUAUUCAUCUGUUUACCUUCCAUUUUAAAGUACUCAUUAUUUAAAAUAUGAUAAAAGUGAAAAUUCUGCCAGAUAUCACAAAAUUUUAUGAGUAGAUUUUGAGACAUUGUCUUUUGUGUACCAUUGCUUUUUUCGCCAGCAUGUUUGAUUGUCUAAUUGAAAACACAUGCCUUCACACGUUAUCGCUGACUGCCUGUGAAGCUGUGUUCAGCCACCUUAAGCGACUAUCAAGUGCUUGAUACACUUAGUUUGGUUUCACCAUAAACACAUUAACCCGUUAAAUCCCAAGAGUGACCAACAUCAAUUUUCUCCUAACAACACCAUUAUGUCAUAAUAGACCUCUUUAGCUUGUAUGUUUUGUUUUCCCAUUAGAGGUCCCAGGGGAACCUGACUCUUUGUCUUUUCAUAAUUUAUGCAUAGAUAUGCACGUGAAUAAGACACAAUUUGAAAGAAACAGUUUUCUAAGGUAUCAUCACAUGACCAGUAUUGGAAAAACAAAAUAUACAAGCUAAAGAGGUGUAUUAUUACAGUCAAACCCUGUUAAUACGGGCACUGAGGGGGCCAUGGAAAGUGUCCGUAUUAAGCGGGUUGAAUUUAGAGAAAAUGUAAGGGCUUUCUUUCCCCAGGGACAAAGCAAACUGUCUGUAAUAAUGAGAUGUCCGUAUGAAGCGGGUGUUAAUAAAGUGGGUUUUGAUCUUUUAUCAAAGUCUCUUAACUAAUUCUUUAAGGAAAUGUAUGGAGAUCAGAUUUAAAGUGUGAAAUAAUACAAAUAUUUUAUUCCCUAGAUCACUCAGACCUCACCGUCAAGACCACCGAUACCACCCAGGCCCACUCUUCCAGUCAAAAAAGUCAGCUCAUUCCCCGAGCUGGAGAAUUUAAGGUUUUUUUUUUUUUUUAUUACACAUUUAUUUCAAAAUAUUGUUUACUACCAGUAAUGUGAUCCUCAGAAAAUCGGUACAAAUGUUGUUUAAGCUGGUCAAUUUGGGGUUGUCUUUAACUGUUUUAGUAAUACACUGUUUCUCACUUUAUUUAUGUAUUGUUAUCUUGUUGGUUUUGUCAGCCUAUUGUUUGACCUUUUGGUAAGGGAAAUACCCAACAAAUUCUCAUACAUAUAGCCAUUGCAGCAAGCAGUUUUGUUGCAGGCUGCCCAGUGAAGAAAACUUCUUUUGCGACAAAGCUGUGAGAGAAGACGCUAUUUCUUGCAGCCUGUUCCAGGCUCCAAGAUAGUAAUGUGCAGAUAUUGUAAAAACUGAUUGUGCAAAAAAUGCAUAGGAGCUGGGGAGAGAAAGGACACGCAUCCAAUUUUCCAAUUUUUUUUGCGACAUCUCUACUAUCUGACUGAGAGCCUGGCAUGGGCUAUAUUUUUCGCUACUCACUAAAUCCUUCACAUGACUGUAAUCCAACAAACUACUAGUCUAGUUAUGCAGUUGCUGACUGUCUUAUUUUCAGUCAUGUCAACAAAUCUAUCUCCAAUAUUGAUUUUGAUUUUUAUUCCUAGCCUAGAAGAGCUCAAGGAUCUUAAUGACAAACCUGAACUUAUGCAAAGUUUUGUAUCAAAAGACGAAUCAGUAAGUUAUUAAUCUUUACAGUCAAGGCAGGUCAAACAUACCCCUCAAGAUUCUAUUAGUGAUUCAUUGAUUAUUGAAAAAUGAAUCCAGUAUUCAUUCCCAUAACUAGUGUCAAAUUCAAAUCUGCAUUCCUGCAUGCAAAAUGAGCAGAGAAUAAUUAUUUUAAAAGAAAUUCUCUGUAUCUGUCAGAUUGAAAAUCUUUGAAUGGGUAAAAUUGCUUUGAGGACAUUUACAACAAAUUCUGGGAAAAUGAGCUGGUAGAAAUUUAAUAACUGCCUCGCGUGUGAAUUCACUGCUUGUUACGCAUGCAAGAAUACAGAGAUGAAUCUGACAUCUACAACUACCAUGACUACCAACGGAUUCAUACUUUUGAAUAAUAAAUUCAUUAAUGGCAUCUUGCGGGGUAUGCUUGACCUGGCUUGACUGUAAUUGCAACAAUGAUUUAUUCUUCAAGUGUCAGUCUUGGUGAAGACUGGUGAAGACCCUGGCCAUGCUCUUCAGCAUUUUUUCCCAUACAUAUCCUAUAAAUACUUAUAAGACAAAAGAACUUUUAUGGGUACGUAAAGGGACAUUGCUGUACUUAAAGGGACAUUGCUGUGUUAUGUCAAUUUUGUGCGUAAGUCGUUGCUUAGUGCCUUUACCAUGCAGAGUUUAUCACGUCAACACGAAUGUAUGAAACUUCCAUCAUAAUUCCAUCAGGGAGCACUAACCAUGACAUUUUUGGCCAACUUUUUCAAGUUUUAAUCCACUUCUAUCCUUGCCAUCCAUAGUAACAGACCACAAGAAAUAGUUUUAAUGCCUGAAUAUAGUCUUUGAAAAAUAACAAUUGAUACGAAGACACAUUUACCUCUUCAAAAAGAAAGCAAAAAGCGUGACAUACCGUAAACCAUCUGCUUAUAAGCACCCCCCUCCCACCUCCAUGCCCCCAUCUAUAAGGGCCAACUACCUGUUACCAAAAAAAUGCAUCUGAUAUUUUACGGUUAUAACACCCCCAGAUAUAAGCCCUUCCGUUUAUAAGCCUGUCUCAGGAUUCGCACUGGUCAUGGAAAACCUGGAAAGUCAUGGAAUUUAAGAAUUCCAUUUUCCAGGCCUGGAAAGUCAUGGUAUUUAAUAGUCAGUCCUUAAAACUGUUGGAAAAUUAAAGUUUUGUUUGGUAGUUUAGUUACUGCAGAUGAUAAAGCAAGGACAACUUAAGAUAGAGAAGAGUAAUUAAACAGCGUUAAUGACACGCAAUUUGGUAGACAACAGAGUUUGUGUCUGUUGAACUGUUUAAGGUAAAAAAAAUACCCCAAAACAAGGGAAAUUUUGAAAAUUUUUAAAGUGACAACUAAACCUAAGGUCUUGGAAAACUAAAAAGGUCAUGGAAAAAGUCAUUGAAUUUAAAGAGCUUUAAAGAGCAGGAACUUACGAAGAUGUAUAACCCUAGGGCUUCACUUAUAAGCUGCAAUUUACGAUAGCCCUUUUAACAAAUACAUCGUUUAAAAAAUAAUAAUUAUAGCUUUGAAAUAAAGUAGUAACAAAUGUACAUGUAUUUUUUAUUGACAGGUGAUGAAGCUAGAAGCUGAAAAAGAAGAAACAAUGAAGAAAAAUGAAGAAAUAGCAAGUAAUUACUUCAAAUUCAUCAUGUUUGCCCUCAUAAGUUUAUAAUUAUUUUCACUCACAUGUAAUCAGAGACACCUGACUUUUCCGUAGUGGACAUCCUGAUAUUGCAGACACCACGUUAUCAAAGCAAUCAAAGGGUUAUUCUCAGUUUGUGUGGUGGAACAAAGCUUCUCUAAGCUCCUUGUUUUCGGCUUUUUGAACUAAUAAAAAUUAAUGAAAGACGCUCAGAAAUAUGAGGCCAUGUUUGACUUUGUUUUUGUCCUUGUUUUUUCUUUACAUUUCUUCAAAUGCGGUUCUAAAGGUGCUUGAUAUUUUCCAUGUAAAUCGCAUUUCAAUUUACUAAAUCGAGAAGUCGUUACCUUGUUUCUCUUUGCUAUUUGUCUGUAAUGAAUGUUACUUUUUCCCUUUUCUCCUACAGGAUAUAAUUUGUCCCUUAAACCAAAAUUAGAAAACAGCAAAGACGAACUUUUAAAAAAGGUAUGAAUAUUUACUUUACAUGUUCUCUUAAUUAGAAAAGAAAACAGAACAAUGUGCAACGAAAAAAAUCACCGUGACAUUUAUAUCACUGCAAAUAUGCCACCUAUCGAAGAUAUGGUCACAUGGACCGACAAUCCUCGCCAAAAAUCCUUGAAACACCUAUUAAAUGCACGUCCCUUUUCCUCUGCAAAUGUUGAGAUGUGAUUGCAAAGUUAUUUGGCUACAACAACAUGGAGGGGAAAAAAGAGAGGGAGCAGUUUUCCAAAGUGUUUCAAGGUUUUUGUCUGAGAUUGUAGUUUAAUUCCUGUUACUUCUACGAGUCUCCUGUGGCUCAUGAUCAGUGGUAGUACUUCUGUACUAGUGACCGAAAGUUCAUAGGAUUUGCAAGGGUCUCUUUCUGCGACCUACAUGGAGCCUGCGAGGCUGUGUAGCAAGCAUUUUCGCGCGACUAGUUCCUAGGCUAUCUGCGACAGUGAUCUCUGUUAACCGUAUAGCUUACGAGAGUCUGGUUGUGGAAAAAAAAAAACCUUAAACUGUGUAAUUCUGAUGAUUGUUUUGCAGUGUGAACGUCGAUCUGAACUAAAACGGGACUUCGAUGACAAUACCAAAAAACAAAGGGAAUUGAUACAGGUGAUGCUUAUAUUGUAUUUCAGUAUCAGUCUAUUUUGUUCCCAGGAAUUUGCACUGGUUAGUAGUUAUAUGUACAAGGAGAAGAGGCAAGUUCCUAGCGGUGUGUUCGUGCUUCGAUUAAGAGUGUAUUCUCAUACGCUAUCAUAAUAAUAUUGUGUUGUUGUCCACAGUUAUUAUCCAUUGCCUCGAUACGACAACAUUUAGAAAUAGCGAACGGCAUCUGUUUUUUCCUUGGUCUGUCGAGCAAAACGCGCGAGACCGGCAAAUGACCACGCGCGUGACUGAGGGCGCGAGACGGGAGAGGCACGCCCUCGUUUCUCGCGUCUCGCACGUGCGUGCACUCCCCUGACUAAAUCUGAAGAAAACUGAGAGAGGCUGCUCGCAGUCUACUGAUUAUGUAUCACGAUACGAUGCAAAUGGCGAUAAAAGGGCCACGACAAAAUACGCGAAAUGAUACAUUGUGGGAGCACAAGACUGUACAGUUGACAUUUGAAAAAUAAGUGCGCAUGCGUUUUUUUGCCGAUCUUGUCCCCCAAUCUCAAAUAAGAUGAAUCAAGAGCCAUUAUGGCUCUUGGGUUUACCAAUUCCUCGGUGUAUAUUUGCAGCCCUAGGAAACAUUAUAAGUUAAAGCACCCUUAACAAGUUUCGGUGACACCCAACAAGUGUUUUCAGUAAGAUAUCUGAUACUAAGGCCGUGAUCGCUUUAUAGGAAAUUGUAAUUACUUAAAUAAAAGACUGGGGAUUCUCUUAUGUCCAGCUUCAUCUUCUGGACCCGUAGUUUUAACUAGAAAAACAGUAAUUCAUUUUUAGGUGUAGCAAGUUCUAAAGUUAUUUUAACCUCCGAGGUUAAAAUCAUUUGUGUACUAAAUACCAUUGUCUCUUUUAUCAUUUUCAAAGGCCAUUGCAGAUGAAUUUCUCUCAAGUGAGUAUCAAUAACUACCCUGCCAGCAGAGGCCCUAAGAUCGAAGGGCCUCUGCUCACAGGGUAAUAAAUAACUCAUGUUAACACAGCUCGUAUAGAUCUGUCGUGAUGUCUAUUAGCUGGUCAACCUGUUCUAAUUUUUCUACUCUUAAACAUCCCUGAUUUUUGAAGUUGCUUUCACUCCUAAGAGGGCCAGAAUCAAUUUUCAAGAAUAAUCCCAACUUUCCUUUUGUGUGAACAACAGAUGCGGGCAUAAAAAAAAUUACUAGAUUUUCUGUUUGGCCUGAAUGCCCACACCAUGGCAUUUUGUCCUCAGACUCCAUAGUUAGAGCUACCUGAUGAACAUCUAUAUAAAUCAGUAGUUUUAAAGAAAACAACAUCAACUACUCUAUCGCCUGGCGCAUUCUAUCUUCACACCUGCCGUACAACAGCUCAAGCAAACGAUGCAACUUAUGUCUUAAAGAAAAAUUCCUUAUCAUCUGCCGACCUGAACUCUCUACACUUAACAAACGUAAUGAACUCGUAAACAAAGCCCUCUUGCGCAACAACUGAUGUAACGAACCUCGCCCUGAAUAAAUUAUGUAAAUCAGUCUAGUAUAUAAGUAAUGGUAAAGUUAUUCUCAUUAAAAUCCCCUGAUGAGUGGGCAACCACGAAACAGGCUUGUAGGGAUACUUAUGUAGUUACUUGUUUUCUUCCGUCAACCAUACGUAGUUUUAUAUUUAUAUUUACAUUUACCAACUUCCUUCGUGGUUUACAUUAUUUUUGCGUUGUAUUUUCUUCUCUCAAACAUCGAUAUUAUUAUGUUUUACAUUAGCAGGAUUUUUCUGUACUUCCAUUGUCAAUUUAUUCAGCUUUUUUUAUCAUCUAUAGAACAAAUAACGCCAGAAGAAUUUAUACAGAGAUUUUUAGAGAAAAGAAAGGUAACUAACCGUGGUUACGGUCAUCUCGCCACCAACGAGUACCGGUAUUUAGUGCGAUGGAACCAUGAAACCCAUCAUUUUGGUCUUGGUUUAGCAACUUUUGACUAUUUUAAAUCGUAAAAAUCCUACGUAAGUAAUCCUACGUGAGUUAUUACAGAGUCAUUACUUGGUGGCGAGUUGGUUGGCCGCGAGUCGACUUCUUGGUGGCGAGAUAACAGAUUACGCUAACCAUUAGUAAUUGUACGGGUAAGGGACAGACGCAAGGGUCACAGGGUUCGUACAGAGUUUUGAUGCAAAUCCAAGGCAAUAAUUUUUUUCCAGAUGGACUCAAGGUUAUGAAAUAGGCACCGGAUCGAUAGAAACCUCGACAUACUCAGGAAACAAACUUUUCCUAUGAUGCACUGCAAACGAACAGUAACCAUAAUGCGAGGCGCGCAUUACGGAGUUCUGAAAAUUCUCUUUUUACGUCAUUGAAUGUUUUGGCUACAGAAGACACUUAAUUUUAAAGAUUUGACUACCGCUAUUUGAAAAAGAAAUACAGUUAACCUUUUUUCCAUCCUUUCAUUUUCCAGCUUUUUUGCAGGUCUGGAAUCUCAAAACUUUUUUGUAAGAAUUCAAGUCUCUGAACGAACCCUGGGAGAAAUCAUGCUAUGAGUGAAGGAAUGUCUACUCAUUCAUAUCCGGCCCUGACAGAAAUUGUGCUGCCGUGGGGGUUUUCCCUGUACAACCGAAUAACUGAUUUUGAUUUAAGAUAUAGAGGAUAUUAUAUGGCCGCGCGGAGAUACGAAAUUUCUCUUCUAGUGUUGAAAAAUAUUUCACUCGUUCGCUGCGCUCACUCGUGAAAUAUUUUUUUCAACACGAGAAGAGAAAUUUCGUAUCUCCAAGCGACCAUCAACACAGUGACACUUAAAAUUAAAGUGCACCUAAGUCCACUUGUGACGAUCAUACAUCUUUCAUAUCACUCUGCGCUUUUUUCUUUUUUUUGCUAUUUGACUAAUGCCCUUUUUUCUUUGACCAGUUGAAUUUGCCCGAAAUUUAGUUUACGGUCGUGCAAAAUGGACCUAUGGCGAGCGAAGCUAUGUUCUAAUACCUUUUGAGAGGGGCAGGGGCGGGGGACGUUUUGGGAGACUAGUGUUUGAGAGAUUCCUUGUCCCCUCUUGUGACAGGGAAAAGGGUUGGGAAAAUAAAAAGAAAGCGUGCAGUUAUCAAAGGACGGCACCCAGUUCCUGUAACAUAACUCAUCUUUUUUUCAGUUGUGCCACAGUAGAAGAGCAAAGGAAGAGAAAAUGAGAAAUCUUCACACAAGAUAUUAGAGAAGGAAUGCACAGAAAGUAAUUAACUGUUAUCUGAAAGAAAAGAACCUCAGGAUGCUCAUGUCAGAGUUUCAAUCCCUUAGUGACUAUUGUAAGGUUUCUAAAUAUCACAUUUUUAUGUACCAGUGGCGAACAUCUUAUUUCGAGUCCACAGAAAUUGUUUGGGAGUGUCUCUGAAAAUAGUGACUAAACAGCGCUUUAAUAGUUUUCCCUAUAAUAGAUGAAUAAAUCAUAAAAUGAUAGUAGAUAACACUCAGAUUUUGGUUUAGAGAUGAUCGUGGUUCGGACCAAUAUGAAUAAAUUGCCCUUAAACUGGCAAAAUUCUUAGGGUGAACAUGUAUGUUGUAGUUAAUUUUUUAUCUCUGGUAAUUUUUAUUUUUCUUUUGUUUCAACUUCAUUUGCAUAUAUUACCAUACCCAAAAACAAAAGGAAAACAAAACUUACCUGAAAUAAAAAAUUGACUGUAACAUGUACACUGAUUUUAUCAGUUACACAAACAGAUUGCCUAAGGACACUCUGGCAAAUAAUGUAACCUAAGUUUGUAACAUCUGCGAAACAGCGCCAAUAUCCUUGUUCUGGGCCCCUAACAGACUUGAUGAUUUUCCGGAAGUGCGUUUCAAAUUUCCUUUCAUUCUGAUUGACAAAUUGACAAUGGCUUUUUAAUAGGCCAACCAUGGUGCGCACUCAAAUCCUGGUACACACAAGUUGGGGCCCACAACAAGGAUUUCAGCACUGUUUUGCAGAUGGACUUAACCAAGGUUUAGUUUUGUUUGUGGCCAGGCUACCAAAUUGUUUCUUCCACAAGAUAUCUGUAACAUCACAAUGUGUCAUUCUUACAAAGAAAGUGUUUUAAUAGUGAUUAAUUUAGAUUAAAAAAAUCAGUAAUAUGAUUAAGGAGAACCAAAACAAACUGUAAAUUUGACCUUGACAACUCUGUGGUUAAUAAUUGUGGGGAAAAUGCUUUACAAAACAACUGUUUAUCAUAUUAAAAAAUGACAACAACAACAAGCUUUAUUGUCUCCCACACUCACAAUCUAAAAUAACGUGAAUGAUUUUCAUAAAUUUUGCCCUUGUUUCUGAACUAACACAAACACAUUUUUUUAAAGCACAGCAAUGAGGUUUUCUUAAAGCGCUUAAAUGGCCGCUGCUUCAUGGGAAUAUGCUUUUUGAACAUGAAACAAUUUUUGAUCAUCUUGAGCUUGCAUUGUAAGUAACCAAAGUAUUACUACAAGAGUUAAGACAUGUUGAUGAAUGCUGAUCUAAAAUAACUUUCUUUGCCAUUAAUUUUAUCUGACCCUUUAACCCACAGUCUUGUCAUCUGGGGCUUAU